CCAGCAUCCCAGUCUCAACUGUGCAGACUGUUCCCAUCGGCGUCGGCAACCAGACUGUUGCAGCCACGAAGAGGAACGUCAACAACCUGGCCGUUCGCGGCGACUGCAGUGCCCUUCCCGCUGGCAGCGGUCCGGUCCCCACCACCGACACGGAUUCGGCUUUCCUCGCCGACACGGACCUGUCCAACGCCGCCUUGGCGGCCGUUACCCCGGUCGGAUGGUACCAGACCUUCCAGAACCUCCAGUCUGCGACCUCCGCCUCGGCUUACAUGGGAUACAAGACCUAUGCCACUUACAGUCCUGCGCUGUGCGCAGCUGAUUGCAAACAAAUGACCGGAUGCGCGGCUUUCAACAUCUUCUUCGAGAGAGAUCCCAGCCAAGAUCCCGGCACGGCUUGCCCCAACCCCUCAAGCACUACUGUCAUCAAGUGCAGCUUCUGGGGUGUUGGCAUCGGCCCGUCCACUGCUACCAACAGCGGUGAAUACAGAAACAGCUUCCACGUUGUCAUUGCAGGCUCGAACGGAUACCAGCUUGCAGCACCCGACUACCCCGCCACUGGCUACAACUCGACUUUCACUGAUGCGGCCACCAUCAACGCUCCCAACGACUGCAACAGCUAUAUCACUUACAGGGCUCACACCGACGGAGCGUACGACCCUUCUCUUUGCGCUGCCGACUGCGCCUCUCAGAGGCAGGAGACCAACCCUUUCAACGGCCUAUACUGCCACUUCUUCACCAGCUACUCGCUUGUCAAGAACGGUGUCGUCCAGGCACAGAUCUGUGCACUGUACUCGCGCACUUGGGACAAGAGUUAUGCCGUCAACACGGGAUACACCUCCGGCUCUGAUGUUUACACGAUCCAAUACGCAUACUCGUACUCCUACACUGCUGAUAUGGGCACAUGGACCUGCCCUCAAGGCAACGCCGCCGUCGCUUCUACGACAUCGACUACUUCGUCCACGUCUCAGAUUGUCACUCCUUCCACUCUUUCCACGUCUACCACCUCGCGCGCUGCCACCUCUUCAGCCCUGACUACCUCCAGCAGCUCAUCUGCCUCCACGAUCAAGACUUCCACCUCUUCCUCUACCGCUGCCACAAUAACCAGCAGCACAGCGGUCUCUAAGGGGCCCAUCACCGCCUGCCCCAGCCCAUUGAGCUAUGUCGUUGGCUCUGCUGGUGGCCUGUACGCUGUCUGCGCCAACACCGACUUCAUGAUCCCCAGCCCUCAGAUCUACUACGGCUACAAGUCCAACGUUGAUUGUGCAACUGCUUGUGAGGCACAAUCUGGCUGCACCAAGGCCGUCUACAACCCCACCACUCAGAUCUGCUACCUGAAGGGCAGCCCCAGCGUCGCCGCCUCCAACUGGAACGUCAACGCGCCCUUCCAGACCCUAGUCAAGGUCGCUGACGGCACUGCUCUCACCAAGUGUCUGGCUCCCACUUACACCGUCAAUUACUUUGGCACCACUUAUCAAGUCUGCCCCAGCAGUGACUUCACCAACAACCCUGCCACGGAUAUCUGGUACUUCAUUCCUAGCGACCUCGCCUGCAUUGCUCUGUGCCGUUUGAGGUCGGGAUGCACCAAGGUUGUGUACAACUUUGUCACCAAGACCUGCUACAACAAGGGCAACCCGUCCCUGGCCAGCACCGGAUGGCACGUCAACACUCAGUUCCGCGCCAUCUACAUCAAUUAAGCAAGCCAAGUUGAUGUGUGGGCUGGUAUCUAUAGAGUUCUGGAUUUGACCUGAUAGACAUUCUUUCUGAUUAAGCGAGACUUAGACCUGGAUUACAAUGGGGUUUGGAGAAAAGGCGUAAACAAAAGGUUUUGGGAAUGCUUCUUAUUUUUCUUUGGUUUUGGUACGACCUUUCUUUCGUGUUCAUCUUCUAGACUCUCUUUCACGGACUUUUACAGACUUACAUAUUUUCACAAAUCAACUUC